AUGAAUUACUUGUUUGGAACAGCCCCCUUGUGCAGUGUACACUUUUUUUGUUAUCCUCUUUGGAGUCAUGUCGCUCAGUGAUUGCUGAUGCAACUCUUUGUCAUCCAGAGUUUGCCCUCACCUCCUGUGAGCCUUCGGGGAGGGCUAUAUCUAUCUUGGCAUGUCCCCGGGUGUGUUGGAGGUGGGAGUGACUCAUUAAGCAGGUGUGAGCAUCCACUCCCAUACUGCUACAUGCCAAACAAGAGCUCUCCAGCUCAUAAGCUCGUGCAGGGAAGAAUCAUGAUGGCAAUAUAGCAAACGCAUCACAAUAAAUCUUUACACUGGACCAGGGCCAAGUCACAAGGAUAAUGAGCUGCUAUUUCCCCAUUAUGCUCACUCUUGUAUUCAUCAGAGGUGGAGUUUCCAAGCGUUCAUCACCCAUUGAAAGGUUGUGGCUCCACUGACAUUUUUAUUUGAGUUCUGCAUUACAAAAGGAAUGACUUGUUCCCAUUUGUUCCAGAUGAGUGGAAAUAGUGUAUCAAGCAUUGAAGUUUAAUUCUCUGAGCGAGCUCUAUGUAUACAAUUUUAACGUGUUUUUUUAGCCCACAUUUGGUAAUAAUAACCUGUGAAAGCUGGUUACACACUGCAGAGCACUUGCAGGGGAGUCGUCCAUCUGUUAUGGAGAUAGCUCAAAAAGCAAGGAGAAGCAGAAUUGUUUUCAGUGAGUUCACAUCUUUGUUAGCCUCCAUUGCCAUCCACAUGUUUUAACACCUCUUACGUUUUACAGCAUCACAUUUAUAAGCCUCCUCUAAGCUGAUAUUCAGGGAUUUAUAUAUAACAGAAAUGAAUCAGACUUUAGGCAUAUAUUGAGCUUCUUUGGCUAUAAAAGGAUGUAGGCUGCUUAAAAUUGAUUGGUGGACGUUCACAAGUAGGUGCCUUCUUUUUUAAGCAUAUAUUCUACAUUAUAUUGCCUCCUCACGGUUCAGGAAAUGUUUAUUUUUAAGUUCUCUGAAUAUCUAAUUUUACACAAAUAGGCCAUCUGUAAAUGGCACACAAUGCAUCACGAAUUUGUGAGACGCGUUGUUACGCAAAACCUUCAAAAGCACGCCAUCUCUCUGGCCUCAGUGAGAAAUACGAAAAUACGGAAGAGGAGAGUCUUCCCUUGUGUUUAAUAUAUUGCCAGAAAUUAUAGUGUGGAUGCGAGCUGCAUGGUAUGCGGACAAACAGAAGCACAUAAUGCACGCUGAAAGCGCAUUAAUAGUUCCGCCUCGGGGCUGUUUAAACAGGAGUUUGGCGGCGACCAGUCAGCCAGCGGCAGGUCACAUGUUGCAGCGUCAUUGUGUAGUAAAGUUACUGUAGUUGCAAAGAGGCUCCUCAUUUCAGCUCCAGAGGUCUCUCAUCCCGUGGUGCUGCUGCUGCUGCUGCGGCGUUUCAGCAUGCGACAACUCAACUUUCCGACCAUCUCCAAAGGAGCCGUGCAGCCAUGGGAGUGCAUUACCUCAUCCAUGCAAUUUCCACCAUCAAUAAUUUAAUCUAUUUGCUCCAAAGCUGAAGAGAUAUCCUGAAGCUUGUCGGGAGAGUACAGAGAGGGAAAAAUAUCGCUAAAGUAAAUUAGCCUACUUAGGGAGUUGUCCAACACAUCCCAGAUGACACUACUGUCCUGUUGAAUGGUCUGUUUUACGACUGGGCAGUAAAAGUUCCACCAGGUUAGAAGAGUGAUGACCAUCCUGUUCCUUACUAUGGUUAUUUCAUACUUCAGUUGCAUGAGAGCUGCGCCCCUGAGAGACGUCCCGGGCAUGCGGGGCCAUCGGACGGAGGGCUACUUGGGCGCUGCUGCGACGGCCGUACGAGGCCAUGGGACUCCUCAGAGUGAUGGGGGGCCGGGCCAGCGCGGGGAACUGCCCUCACUCACAGACACGUUUGAGCAGGUGAUAGAGGAGCUGCUGGAAGUGGAGGGAGAGGCGGCAAAGCUGGCACAGGGGCCUGAUAAGAGCCAGGGAGCAGGGGGCCCGUCCUCCAUGGUCACCACAGAGACCAAGGAUGUCGACCUGUACGACUCGCGGGUGAUGAUCAGCAACCAAGUGCCUUUGGAGCCGCCGUUGCUCUUUCUUCUGGAGGAAUACAAAAACUAUCUGGAUGCCGCUAAUAUGUCCAUGAGGGUGCGGCGACACUCCGAUCCCUCACGGCGCGGAGAGCUCAGUGUAUGUGACAGUAUUAGCCAGUGGGUGACAGCUGUGGAUAAAAAGACGGCAAUAGACAUGUCUGGGCAGACAGUUACCGUCAUGGAAAAGGUCCCUGUCCCCAAUGGCCAACUGAAGCAAUACUUUUAUGAGACCAAAUGCAACCCCAUGGGGUACACAAAGGAGGGAUGCAGAGGAAUAGACAAGCGGCAUUAUAAUUCCCAAUGCAGGACAACCCAGUCCUACGUGCGAGCACUUACCAUGGAUAGCAAAAAGAAGAUUGGCUGGCGGUUUAUAAGGAUAGACACUUCAUGUGUAUGCACAUUGACCAUUAAAAGAGGGAGAUAGUGUAUAAAAUGUAUAGAUUUUAUUGAAGAGUUUAAAAAAGAGAAUAAAGAGAAAAUAUCUAUUUGUAUAUAUACAUAACAGGGUAAAUUAUUCCGUCAAAUGAAAAUUUUAUGGACUGCAUGUAAAAAAAGAUGAAGUUUAUACAGUAAAAGUGAUACUACAGUCUAUUUAUUGAACAUAUUCAUGACCUUGUAAACAAUUAAAAAAAAUCUGAUCAGUCA